AGUCCUUUGUUUUUUUCCCCCUUUUAAAAGAAAAGAAAAGAAAAGAAAAAGGAUGUCAAAGCACCGACACUUUCCCAAGUCUGAUACCCUAUCCUCCUCUUCCAGACAGCGAGGCAGGUUGCCGAAACGAUCUAGUUAAUUUGCAUAUUUGUAUGCACGAGCUAUUUAAGUUUGCUUAAGUUCUUGGAAUCCAGAGCUACAAGUCUGCAAUCAACUCUAGAUAUCCUUCAAAGGUUGUUUAACUAUAUGAGAUGGAAAAUGAUUCUAUCGCAUCCCUCGAUAUUCUUAGAGAUGUGCAUCUCUUGGCGAGUUUUUUCACGGAGAAACUGGCCUCGGAAAGCGAACCGAAGGAGGGCAUCCGGGCGACGAUCUUUCGAGUUCCUGAGAACAUCCGCAGAACCAAUGCCUAUUCUUUUGAACCAAAGAUGGUCUCCCUCGGCCCCUACCACCAUGGAAAGCAACGCUUUCGUGCAACGGAUGAAAGGAUCAAAUUGCCCUAUGCCACCAACUUUUUCAGGCGCUCCGCGGACGUGACUUUAGUCCAGCGCAUUGUCGAGCGAUUCAAGAACUUGGAGUCGUCUUUACGUUGUGCCUAUUCGGAGCAGAUCAGCAUGACCAGCAAUGAGUUCGUGGCGAUGAUGAUGCUCGACUGCGCUUUCAUGGCCGAGUUUCUACGGGAGCAAGCCGCGGGGUGUUAUGGAACACAGAAGGAAGAGUACUCGUGGAAGUGGGCAGCUCCAUCGAUUAUGAACGAUAUGUUGGUGGUCGAAAACCAGUUCCCUCUUCGUCCCCUUCUUUAUCUCUUCGAGAAGUGCGGCUGGGAUGAUAUUAAUAUCGAUGGUAUUUUUUAUUCGCUCAUGCAGCAAAUUCACCGAAACCUCUCUCCGACCUCGAACUUCAACUUGCGCGUCCGUUCAGAUCCAUUAAUUAAUUCAAGUUCCCAUUUGCUCCAUCUUUUCCAUUCAAGUCUUAUAAUUGUCAAACCGCAGUACAGGGAAAGACGGCUUCACAACACCGACUUAUCUUCCUUCCCCAGUGCAGAGAUGCUCCAGGCAAUGAGAAUUCAAUUUACAAAUAAGAUCAAUUGCGAGAGCUUCUUGGACAUCACUUUCGACGCAAGCAAGAGAUCCAUGGAGAUUCCUCAACUCCUCAUCAACGAUGACAACAUCUCCCUCCUCCGAAACCUCAUCGCUUUCGAGCAGCAAUGCCAUGGGGUUGGCUACUACAUCUCCACUUACGUUUGGUUCAUGGACUGCCUGAUAAACACUGACAAGGACGUGGCGGUGCUCCGGAAACAUAACAUCAUCGUCAGCCGCCUGCGCAGUGAUGAAGAAGUGGCUCACGUAUUCAACAAGCUCCGAAGGACGGAUGCCCCUGUCGUCGACUUGAACAAUUUCUAUCUUGCAGAGGUAAUGAACACUGUGAAGAGCCACUAUUUCCAGAAUCGGUGGAAUUAUCUACUUUGGGCAUUGUGGCAUUUCUCAUGGUUGAGGCAAAACUAUUUCAAGAAUCGGUGGGUCACAAUCGGUGUCACUGCAGCUGUGUUCUUCAACCUUCUCACUUUGGUGCAAACUGUAUAUGCAGUUCUCAGUUACCGCAAGCAGUGAAAGCUAAAAGAGAUAAAGGAGAACAGUGUUCUUACUGCCCAUAUUUUGAUGCUUCACGUGUUUCUUGGAUGUUACAUUCUGUCACGGUGAACGCGAUUCUUCGUGCUUGAUGACACUUGUCCCACAUUUUGAUUAUAGUUUGUGUUUCUUCUUUUCACUCUUACGUUUCAUCAAUUGUAGCACAUAUAAUUGUGCUGGUGUGAUGUGUGUGAGUGUGAUUAGAAGUUGAGUUGACUUUGCUUUAUGCAUGAAUGAUGUAGUGAGGAUGAUUAUGUAAAUGACUUGAGUGAUGAGUAAGGAGUUCCCUCACUUAUGACGAUAAAUUCCUAGAUAUGUUUUAUGGUUUGAUAUUCGAUUUGAGAGUUUUUAUCUCUCAAUUCAGUUUU